AUGUUUUCUGUCCCUGCACUCCGUAAUGCUGCUGCCAUGUCAGUCAGACGUACUACCACCGUCUCUUCCAUGAAGGUCGCUACUGCUAUUCCUGCUAUGCGCCGUCGUUGUUAUGCUACUGAGAAUGGUAAGGAUACUGCCAAGGAGGGAGAGGAGGCUGCCACUGGUAAUGCAACUGAGGCACCCAAGGCCGAAUUAACUGAGGAUGUCAAGAAGAUGUUGGCUGAAAAGGACAAGCAAAUUUCUGAACUCAAGGAUGCUUACCUUCGUUGUCUCGCUGAUCAAGAGAAUGUGCGUGAACGCAGCCGCAAAGAGAUUGAAACCACCAAGGAAUACGCUAUUCAAAAGUUUGCAAAGGAUCUUUUAGAUACUGUUGAUAUCUUGAACAUGGCUUUAACCGCUGUUCCCAGCGAGUUGCGUGAAAAAAGCAGCAGUCUUCAAUCUGAACUCGCCAAGGAUGCUGAAAAGAUUGUUGAUCAAUUGACCAACUUGUAUACCGGUGUUUCCAUGACAGAAUCCGAGUUGAUCAAGGCAUUGAAGCGUCAUGGUGUUGAACGUGAGAACCCCGAGGGAGAGGCCUUUGAUCCCAACAGACACCAAGCUCUCUUCCAGGCUCCCAUGCCCGACAAGGAAGCUGGUACCAUUUUUGCUGUACAAAAGAUGGGUUAUACCCUUAAGGGCCGUGUUCUCCGUCCUGCUCAAGUUGGUGUGGUUUCCGAUCCUCAAUAA